AUGAUAGGCAAAAUUAAGCUACAGUAUCGGCGUGAUUUUUACGUUACACUUGAUCUAGCCACGGCCAAAGUUAGCAAGGGGUCGUUAAAUUCUGGUCACGUCAUUAGUGUUGGUUUAUUACGACAAUAUGCUACUGCCACAAGAACAAAGGUUCCUAAGUCUACAACUGGUAAACCACGAACAACUAAGCAAAAAAGUACUGGAACAAAAAAAACUACUACUAAAGCCCGAACCAAGACUAAAGCUGUCAAACUUAUAGAUGAGGGGCCUGUUCCUGAAAGUCCUAAAAGUCCUGGUACCCCGUACACCAUAUUUUUCACUGAUUUCUAUAAACAAUUCAAGCCUGAUAAUUCUACUUUAAAAGUUACGGAAAUUGGUAGAAUAGCUGCUAAAUCUAAGUAUGAAGAUGACUUUAAAGCUUGGAAAGAAUCUUUAACUUCAAAAGAUAUUGCUAGAGUAAAUGAACGUCGUAAGUUGGGGAAAUCGAAAGGUAAAAAUGUAAGGCUUUUGAAGGAUUCUAGAAAACCAAAGCGUCCAAAAACUCCUUUUACACAUUUUAUUGCGGCAAAUAAAAAUUUUGAUGAAUCUAAAUCAUUAAUCGAGCAAACUCAAGAAUUGAUUGAAAGAUGGAGAUCAAUGAAUCCUGAAGAAAAGAAGCCAUUCGAAGAUCUUUACGCAAAAGAAAAGGCAAUUUAUGAUUCUGAGAUUUUAGUUUAUAGGAGAUCUUUGGAAUAA